AAAUAGGGUUCAUUGUCAGAUGAACACUCUCCACAAAUCAUCACCAUGUCAACAUCCUUUUGUGAUUGUUCUUCAAGUGGAAGAUCAAGUGAUUGUACUUCAGCUGGUGGAUUACUCUCCAGGUGGCAGUACCAACGAUGUUUCGUCCAGCAUUACUGAAGAAGAAUACCGCCAACGUGACUAACGGAGGAACAAACCUGAGACAGAGGCUUGCCAGCAGCAAUACACACGAGCUAAGAAUUUAGUGUGGAAAAAAUGCAGGACAAUCCUUCCAGUACCACAAUGGAGAGGCAGACUCCCAAAGGCAACAGAUGUAAAACAUCCUGCUGAAUACUUUAGAGGCCUCCUCACUAGUAGCUGUAUUGAAAAUAUAGUAGAACAAACCAACCUCUAUGCCAUACAGUGUGAUCCUAGCAAACCACUCAAAGUCACAUUUGAGGAGAUUGAGCAAUUCAUUGGCAUUUGUUUCAUGUCAAUCUUCGGACUUCCAGGAUGCCGAAUGUACUGGCAGUCAGCAACAAGGAUCGACUGUGUUGCAAACACCAUGGCCUUGCAUCGCUGGGAGGCUAUCAAACGCAAUCUACACUUUUCUGACAACUUAAAGCAAGCUCCUAUUGGAGAACCAGCUUAUGACAAGCUGUAUAAGGUGCGCCCACUGCUGACAUCCCUCUUGGAGCAGUUCCAAGCAAUCCCAAUUGAUGAAAAUCUUUGUGUGGACGAACAAAUUGUGCCAUUCAAGGGGAAACACCCCAUGAAACAGUACAAUCCCAAGAAGCCAAAACGCUGGGGAUAUAAAGUCUUUGUUCUUGCUGAUAGCAGUGGCAUGGUCUACAACUUUGAGGUGUACACUGGGUGUAUCUGUCCUUGCAACGGGCAGCCUGACAUAGGCGCUAGUGGUAACAUAGUGCUUACCCUUUCAAGCAUCAUUCCAGACAACAUCUCUCACAAGUUGUACUUCGACAACUGGUUCUCCAGUGUUGACCUGCAGAUGCUGUUGGAAAAGAGGAAGAUCCACUGCACUGGCACAGUCAGAACCAAUCGUCUGGCUGGAUGCUGUCUCCCAACAGAUCAAGACAUGAAAAGGAAAGGAAGGGGGGCUUUUGAGGAAAAGGAGACCAUUUAUAAUGGGGUUACCCUUAGGGCUGUGAAGUGGCAUGAUAAUCGAGCAGUCACUCUCCUCUCCACCUUUGCCUCAGCAAAUCCAGCAACCACUGUGACAAGAUGGGACAAAAAAAAGAAGACAACAGUCCAGGUGAAAUGCCCAAGCAUUGUCACCAAGUACAACAAAAGUAUGGGAGGAGUUGAUCUACUAGACUCCCUCAUUGCCCUCUACAGAACAAAGAUUCGAUCCAAAAAGUGGUAUCACCGAGUGGUCUUCCACAUGUUUGAUUUUGCUGUUGUUGAGGCCUGGCUCCUCUACCGGAGAGACAGCAGAGACUGUGGCAUCCCCCCAAAAGAUGUGAGCAGCCUUGCAAAAUUCAAAGCUGAAGUUGCAGGAUGUCUCUGUAUGGAGAAGAAGACCUUGAAGAGAAGAGGGAGACCAUCACAGCACACUGAGGAAGAACAGCCUGAGAAGCGUCCAAAAACCCCUGUAGAACCACGACCAUCAACGCUGGUUCGCAUUGAUCAGACCGGUCAUUGGCCUGUUUGGGUUGAAAGAAAGGGGAGAUGCAAAUACCCAGGUUGUUCAGGCAUUGUAAAAGUGCAGUGCUCAAAAUGUGUUACCUACCUGUGUUUUUCUGUUGAGAGGAAUUGCUUCCUCAACUUUCACAAGCAAUGAGGUGCCAUUAGUCAGGAAGGAGAUUUUUUGUGUAUGUGCUUGUGUACAUGCAGGUCCUUGUGUAUGUGUAUAUACAUGCUUGUUAGGAUAAGGUUCAUAUUAGGAUAAUGUUAUGGUGAUUGUUAAUGUUUUACCUUGAAAUAACACAGAUUGUAAUGUUUUGAUAUCAUAAUUUGAUGAUAUGAUGGUUUGUGUUCCAUGGUGGUACAAUGUUGCCUGAGGGCAACGGCUGGAUUAUAAAUGUUACUUUUUAUUAAAUAUGAAAUGUUUAAUUCAGUAAAAACUUGAUAAAUCUGUUUGUUCAAGUGUUUAGUUA